AUGCGAAUUUUGGUGAUUUUGACGUCAGUUUUGUGUUUGGCGGAUUGCCAGCAAAAAGAACUGCUCAACGCCUUGUUUAAGGACUAUAAGAAGGAGUUAAGGUAAGUAUGGGCACGAAAUUCAGAUUCUUCAUGAAAAAUCGAUAAUUUUGAGUGCAAAUUUGGUGGAAACUGCUCAAAAAUGAAGAUUUUUAUGAAAAUUUGAAUUUUCCCGCCAAAAAUCGUUCCCCCAGGUUUCCCGCCAAAACCGCACCGCGCAAUACGCUGCGCUUGCCACGUGGCAACAUUUCGCCACGUGGAAUUUCAGUUUUCCCGCCAAAAACCCGGGUUUUCCGGGUGAAAAUGAAAAAACCCAAAAAAAAAAACAAAAAUAAUUUUUUUCGAAAAAAAACUGGGCGGGUGCGCUAGAGCGCACUUGCAUGCACGCUGCGAGACCCAUGUGUGUUUGUGUGUGCGUCUUUGAAACUACAGUAAGAUUUUUUUUUCAAUUUUUUUUAUUUUUCACCGAAAAUCAAGGUUUUUGGUGUGAAAACGCGUGAAAUUUUGCGGGGAAUUCGAAUUCACUAUUCAUUUCCAAUGAAAAAAUAAUUCUAGACCAGUGCGCGAUGAAAACAGUGGUCCAACCAACGUGACAGUCCAAUUAUACUUCAAACAAAUUCAAAAAGUUCACGAAAACGAUCAGAUUAUCACGUUGUAUUGUUGGAUUGAGGAAUAUUGGUAUGACGAGUUUCUGACGUGGAAUCCUGAAGAUUUUGGAGGUGUCAAAAAUAUGCAUGUGCCUAGUGAAAUGAUUUGGAAACCGGAUUUAUUGGUGUAUAAUAAGUGAGUGCUGUAGAGACGCAGAGAAGCCAGAGUGCUCUCUAGUUGUCUAGCUUCUCUACAUCUCUAACCUCCUUGGGGCUUUAUAGCUUCUCUAGCCUCUCUGGGCUCUCUAGAAAUCUAGUGCUCUCUAGGCUCUCUAACAUCUCUAGCUUCUCUAACCUCUCUAGCUUCUCUGCACUCUCUAGAAAUCUAGUGCUCUCUAGGCUCUCUAAAAUCUCUAGCUUCUCUAACCUCUCUUGUUUCUCUGCACUCUCUCAAAAUCUAAUCAUCUCUAGCUUCUCUGCACUCUCUCAAAAUCCAGUGUUCUCUAGCUAUCCAACUUCUCUGCGUCUCUAACAUUCCUGGUGCUCUCUAGCCUCUCUGUGCUCUCUCAAAAUCCUGUUAUCUCUAGUUUCUCUGCGUCUCUAGCCUCUCUGUAGUUUCUUCCUAGCUUCUCUGCAUCUCUAGGAAUCUUGUGCUCUCUAGCCUCUCUGCGUCUCUAACCUUCUCUUUAACCUCUCUAACCUCUCUAGCUUCUCUAAGCUGUCCUAGAGCCUACUGCUCUCUAGUUGUCUGGCUUCUCUGCGUGUCUAACCUUCUAUAUACUCUCUAGCUUCUCUACACUCUCUCAAUCUCUAACUUCCCCAUCUUACUCAAAUUUCCAGCAAAUCCUGAACCUUUGCUCUUUUUUUGUAGCCGUGGGAAAAAAAAAAAUCAAAAAUGUGCAUUUUUUGAGCCUAGGGCUCAUUCAGGCUCAAAAAAUUGCAAAUUUUGAGCCCGGCCUUAUUCGGGCUCAAAAAAUCCGCAAAAAAUUCCAGCGCCAACAUGAACAUCAAAGAAAAUGAGCUUCAAACAAAUGUGCAAGUGGAGCACACCGGAAAAAUCUCACUUUUCCGCGCCAUCAUCACCGAUAUCACUUGUGAUUUGCAAAUGGAAAAGUUCCCAUAUGAUCAGCAGAUUUGCUAUAUUAUGUUGGCUUCUUGGUCGUAUGAUGGUAGUCAGAUUAUGUUGAAUACGGCUGAAGAGCCCACGGAAGCUCCGGAUGAUUUUAGAAAUGGGUACGGUGGUUUUUGGCCGGGAAAAUUUGAUCUAGAAAUGUUCCCUGGGCCCAAAACCUUGUUUUAGCCUGAAAUUUUGCGCUGAAAACGCUGGAAUUAUUGAUUUUCAGCGAUUUUCAGCAAUUCCAUGAGUUUCAGCGCAAAAUUUGAGUCUAGAAAUAAUUUUUGGGCUUCUGGAACAUUCUAGAAAAAAUUCCAAAACUUUGUAGAUCAAACUAAAAAAUGUUCCCGAAUUUUCCUAGGCUCAAAUUUUGUGCUGAAAACGCUGGAAUUAUUGAUUUUCCGCGAUUUUCAGCAAUUCCAUGAGUUUCAGCGCAAAAUUUGAGUCUAGAAACGUUUUGGAACUGGUCAACAAAUUUUUGAAAAAAAAGUUCCCGAAGCCUAAAUCUUGUUCUAGACCCAAAUUUUGUGCUAAAAACGCUGAAAAUGUUGAUUUUCAGCAAUUUUCAGCAUUUCCAUGAGUUUCAGCAAGAAAUUUUGUUCUAUAAACGUUUUGGAGCAGAUGAACAACAUUUUUGCAAAAAAAGUUCCCGUAGCCAAAAUUCUUGUUCUAGGCUGAAAUUUUGUGCUGAAAACGCUGGAAAUACUGAAAAUUGCUGAAAAUCAAUAAUUUCAGCAGUUUCAGCAUGAAAUUUCAGUCUAUAAAUAAUUUUUGGGCUUCUGGAACAUUCUAAAAAAAAUUCCAAAAUUUUGUAGAUCAAGCUAAAAAAUGUUCCAGAAUUUUUCUAGACCCAAAUUUUGUGCUGAAAAUGCUGGAAACGCUGAAAAUGGCUGAAAAUCGAGUUUUCUAUGAUUUUCAGCACAAAAUUUCAGCCUAAAAGAAUAUUUUUCCACAGAAUCCCUGGGUGAUCCAUUUUUUCGGAAUUUCUGGCACAAUUUUUUUAACAGUUGCUUUUGAGGUCAAAUAAAGUUUCUGGACCCAAAUUUUGUGCUGAAACUCAAGAAAUUGCUGAAAAUCACUGAAAAUCAAUAUUUUCAGCAUUUUCAGCGCAAAAAUUGGGCCUAGGACAAAUGGGGUCUCAAAAAAUGCGCAAUGAAUUUUUCAGCACAAAUCUGGCAAUUCUAAAUCACUACAUUCCAAAUAUGGAAUGGAAAUUGGUGGAUUUCCGCUACCGUACCAAUCUAAAAUACUACGAUUGUUGUCCUCAACCCUAUCCAGAUAUCUCCUAUUUUUUUGCCAUCAAACGAAAUCCCUCGUAUUAUUUGUUCACCCUGAUUAUUCCCUCCGCUUUCAUCACAAUUGUUACCGUUAUCGGAUUUUUCACACCGCAUUCGUCGACCGGCGAAAAUACGGAAAAAGUCUCGUUGGGUGUCACAGCUCUACUUUCAUUGGCCAUUAUUUGUGAGUGAAAAAAAUUUGGGAUUUUUUGAGCCUAAACAAGCCUAGGCCUACUUUUUGGGCCCGAAAAUCCGGUGAAUUUGAACCUAUACAAGCCUAGGCUUUAAAAUUCCGGAUUUUUUGAGCCUAAACAAGCCUAGGCCUGAAAAUUUGCAAUUUUUAGGCUUGGCCUAGUGUUAGGCCUGAAAAUUUUGGAUUUUUUGAGCCUAAACAAGCCUAGGCCUACUUUUUAGGCCCGAAAACCCGGUUAAUUUGAACCUAUACAAGCCUAGGCCUGAAAAUUCCGGAUUUUUUGAGCCUAAACAAGCCCGGGGCCUGAAAAUUUGCAAUUUUUAGGCUUGGCCUAGUGUUAGGCCUGAAAAUUUGGGAUUUUUUGAGCCUAGGGUUACUGUAGAUCAAAAAUCCUGAGAGCUACAGUACUCCUUGCAGUUCUGAUCUUUUGAAGAGAAGAGGUUAAUAUGAGCAAUUCCUAAAUUUCUCUAGUUUAAUAUGAGCAAUGCCUGAAUUUCUAGUUUGAUAUGAGCAAUGCCUCAAUUUCUAAUUUAAUAUGAGCAAUGCCCAAAAUUCUCUAGUAUAAUAUGAGCAAUUCCUAAAUUUCUCUAGUUUAAUAUGAGCAAUGCCUAAAUUUCUAGUUUAAUAUGAGCAAUGUCUUAAAAUGAGCAAUGCCCAAAAUUCUUUAGUUUAAUAUGAGCAAUGCCUGAAUUUCUAGUUUGAUAUGAGCAAUGCCUCAAUUUCUAAUUUAAUAUGAGCAAUGCCCAAAAUUCUCUAGUAUAAUAUGAGCAAUUCCUAAAUUUCUCUAGUUUAAUAUGAGCAAUGCCUAAAUUUCUAGUUUAAUAUGAGCAAUGUCUUAAAAUGAGCAAUGCCCAAAAUUCUUUAGUUUAAUAUGAGCAAUGCCUGAAUUUCUCUAGUUUAAUAUGAGCAAUUCCAGGCAUGUUCAUUUCGCCGGCGAUCGCCGGCGUUCGCUUCUUGCCGAAAAGCGAAAGGCGAGCGACGCCUGUUUUUAUUUAUCGUGGUGAAGGCGAAGCGAGGCGAAGCCUGGCGAAUCGCCUCCGAAACUCACGCCCCGCCCACUUUUUCUUACAAACAAACAGUGCGAGUUCCGUUUUUUCGGCUUACAAAAGAAAGAAAACACCAAAAAACCGAAAUUAUCAUAAAUUUCAUAGGAAUUUCAAGUACAAAAAUUAAUUUUUUAGAAACCGGCUUUAAGAAUAUUGUAUAAUUUUUUUCUUCACUAUUCUUAGAAAUGAAUUAAGCACAUACAUAAACAAUUUUACAAUGGAAUUUAGAAAUUAUUUGACCGUGAUGAAACUUUUCCUGAACUUUCAGUGAUUUUUCAAAGUAGUAAUUGAUUUUCAGAAAACCGCUUGUACAAUUUUAUAAAACUUUCUUCUUUACUAAUUUGGAAGAAAUUUUAGUGAACUUCUAUCUAAAUAAACAGGUUGAGGCGAUUCGGGCGGCGAAGGCAGCGAAGGCGAGAUUCGCCUUUUCUUCUGCAGGCGAUUAUCGCUGAGGCGAGGUUCGCCUGCAAUAAAAAUCGCCUAGCGAAAGGCAGGCGAGCGAAAUGAACAUGCCUGAGCAAUUCCCUUAAUAUGAGCAAUGCCCCCUUACAGUAAUCCAAAAUUAGGCAUGUUUAGGCUCAAAAUGACGCAAAUUUUCAGGCCCCUUAAGCCUAAGUCUAAGGCCUAGUUUUCAGGCCUCAGUGGGCCCGAAACCAGGCCCAUUUGGUCUCAAAAAAUCCCGAUUUUUUUGCAGUAAUGAUGGUUUCUGACAAACUUCCCGCAACUUCAAGCUCUGUCCCGCUUUUGGGCCAAUAUUAUAUCGGUCUGAUAUUUAUCAUGUUUUUGGCCACUUAUUGUACAACUUUUACAUUGGGAAUUCAAAUGCAAGGAAAUGCCGGGAGACCAAUUACAAGAAAGCUACGAUCAUUUUUAUUAUCGAUUCGAAUGAAUCGAAACUCAUUUUUGAUAUGGUUUUUUGGCAGGGAAUUGAUGAAUACACAGGAAUCUAUCAAAAUGAGGCUUAAGAAAUAUGUGAGUGAGAAAAAUUUGGGGAUUUUCAGCGUUUUCAGCGUGAAAUUUGAGGUAGGGAGACGUUUUUUAACUUGAAAAAUGGUUCCAGAAGCUUUCCAGCUUCUUCUAGACCCAAAUUUUGCGCUGAAAACGCAGAACCUGCUGGAAAUCUAGGUUUCUGUGAUUUUCAGCGCAAAAUUUGAGCCCAGAAACUUUUUAAAGGGUACUGUAGAAAAAUUGUGCCGAAAAUUCCGAAAAAAUGGAUCAACUGUAGAAAAACAAGUUUCUAGGCUGAAAUUUUGUGCUGAAAACGCUGGAAAUAUAGAUUUUCAGAAAUUUUCAAUAAUUCCAUGAGUUUCAGCACAAAAUUUGAGCCCAGAAACUUUUUAAAGGGUACUGUAGAAAAUUGUGCCAAAGAUUCCGAAAAAAUGGAUCAACCGGGUUACUGUAGAAGAACAAGUUUCUAGGCUGAAAUUUUGUGCUGAAAACGCUGGAAAUAGUGAUUUUCAGCGAUUUUCAGCGCAAAAUUUGGGUCCAGAGUGAUUUUCUAGCUUCUGGAACAUUUUUUGAAAAAUUCCAAAAUUUUGUAGAUCAAGCUAAAAAAUGUUCCAAAAUUUUUCUAGGCUGGAAUUUUGUGCUGAAAACGCUGGAAGUAUUGAUUUUCAGCAAUUUUCAGCAAUUUCACCAUUUUCAGCACAAAAUUUGAGUCUAGAAAUUCUUACUGUAGAAAAUAGUGCCAAAAGAUUCCAAAAAAAUGGAUCAACCGGGUUACUGUAGAAAAAAAGUUACUAGACUGAAAUUUUGCGCUGAAAAUCGAGAAAUCAAUGAAAAUGACCACUUCCAGCAUUUUCAGCGCGAAAUUUCAGCCUGAAAUCAAUUUUCAGCAUGGGUUUUUUGAGAUUUACAGCAUGGUUUUUUGUCCGUUCCCCCUGGUUUUUUUUGUGUGAUUCCAAAUUUUAUAGGACAAGUUAUCGGAACUCAAAAAAUCGUUUGCGGCUGGAUUUGUGCAAUUUCAGCAGAAAUUGCUGAAAACCGAGGAUCCAAAGGUAAAUUUCUGGAUUUUUUGUGAAAAAAAUAUGGUUUUUGGUGGUUUUUUUUCAAUUUGCACGGUGUUUUAAGCUUGUACCUUUUUUUCAGGCCCAGGCUUUUUCGGGCUCAAAAAACGUGGAAUUUUCAGGCUCUAGGCUUGAAAAACGUGAAAUUUUCAAGCCUGGGCUCUUUUGGGCUCAAAAAACGUGGAAUUUUUAAACCUAGGCCUUUUCGUGCUCAAAAACCGUGAAAUUUCCAAGCCUAGGCUCAUUUGGGCUCAAAAAACGUGAAAUUUUCAGACUUCAGCUUGUCUAGACUCAAAAAAUCUGAAAAUUUCGAGUCUAGGCCUUUUCGGGCUCAAAAAACGUGGAUUUUUCAGGCCUGGGCCUUUUCGGGCUUUAAAAAUGUGAAAUUUCCAAGCCCAGGCUCAUUUGAGCUCAAAAAUCCAGAAAUUUUGAAGCCUAGGCCUUUUCGGGCUCAAAAAACGUGAAAUUUUCACGCCUAGACAAAUCUAGACUCAAAAAUCAGGAAAUUUCGAAGCCUGGGCUCAUUUGGGCUCAAAAAACGUGGAAUUUCGAGCCCAGACUCAAAAAAUCCCGAAUUUCAGCACAACAAAUCCUCCCUGGUCGAAACUGUCUCAAUUGAUUCGUCAAAAAUCCAAGAUCCCGCUUUGUACAACGUGGCAGUUGAUAUUUUAGCCGGAGUUCAAUCAAUUCGACAAGAUUUGACAUCACAAGAACAUUUGAAGCGAAUUCGAAAAGAAUGGCAAAUGUUAGCGAGAAUGUUGGAGAAAAUAAUCAUGUGGUUUUUUAUUAUAUCUACAGUAAUCUUUGCAUCGGUUAUGUUAUAUGAUACACAACAAUUACCUUAUAUUACUGAUGAUGUUAUGCGCUCAAAAGCUAAAUAA